AUGACUGUUGAGGUCAAUGGUCAGAUGUUUGAGGGCAUGGGCCCCACUAAAAAGAAGGCCAAAUUAAAUGCAGCAGAGAAAGCCCUGCGUUCCUUCGUCCAGUUCCCCAAUGCCUCUGAGGCGCACCUGGCCAUGGGCCGAACACUGACAGUGAACACAGACUUUACAUCUGACCAAGCCGACUUCCCUGACAUGCUCUUCAAUGGCUUUGAAACGCCGGCCGCACCUGAAGAGGCCUUCUUUCUAGGCUCAAAUGGUAACAGCUCCUUAAACUCAUUAGGGGAGUACCCACUUCCCACACCUCCUGGCAGCAACCUUGUCCAGGCCCCAUUGCCCCCUCUGUCAAUAUUCAGCUCCCCUUCCAGUGGUAAAAACCCAGUCAUGAUCCUCAAUGAGCUCAGGCCAGGCCUCAAGUAUGACUUUGUCUCAGAGAGCGGAGAAAGUCAUGCCAAGAAUUUUGUGAUGUCAGUAACGGUGGAUACACAGACGUUUGAAGGCUCAGGGCGCAACAAGAAGCUGGCUAAAGCCCGGGCAGCGCAGGCCGCCCUCUCUACUCUCUUCAACAUGCAGCUAGACCAGACACCAUCCCGGCAACCCAUUCCGAGUGAGGGAUUGCAGCUUCAUCUACCCCAGACAGCGGUGCCCCUGCAGUUUGCUCUGUUUGAGCUGGGCCGUAACCCCGAGGUGCAGGAGAGGGUGAGGCAGCAGGUGAGAGUGUCAUGUGCACAGGCUGGUGGUGACCCUCAGAAAACCCUGCAGGGGGCGCCUCUACUGAAGGGCACAAUCAAGGAGAUUCUCAGGUUAUACCCGGUGGGAACGACAGUGCAGCGGUAUCCCAUCAAAGACAUUGUUAUUCAGAAUUACCACAUUCCUGCUGGGACCAUGGUCCAGGCCUGUCUAUACCCCCUGGGAAGGAGUGCGGAUGUGUUUGAGGAUCCGCUGCGCUUUGACCCCGGGCGGUGGGGCAGCAGCAGGGAGGGGGGCCAGAGAGAAGAGGGGGCAGGGGGGUUUCGCUCCCUGGCGUUUGGCUUUGGGGCAAGGCAGUGUGUCGGGAGGAGGAUUGCUGAGAACGAGAUGCAGCUCUUACUCAUGCAUAUCCUGCUGAGCUUCCAUCUCAGCGUGUCAUCCUCAGAGGACAUCAGAACCACAUGCACCCUCAUCCUCCAGCCUGAGACCCCGCCAAGGAUCACUUUCAGCCAACUCUGA